AUGUGCGUAGCAUAUGGUCUGCCAAACGAUAUGGUACAAGACAUGAUUCGUUGCCUUCAUUUGAACAUAUGCAAAACGAAAACUGUUGGAAAUGUAAAGGCAGUCAAUCAAGUGUUUCAAAUCACUUCGAUUGUGGAAAAAUGCAAUGACAUAUCAGUUCGCCUGCCCAAAACUCAUUAUUCAACACGCAUGUGCAACAAGACAGACUUCAAAUUUGCUGCCUUGUGUAUAUGGAAUCUUCAAUUGCAUACAUGCGUGCAAACACCUCACGCUUGUCACGUGAUUAUCUUCAAUUGCAUAAAACUUGAAAGCUCGGAAGCAAGUGGCAAGGCAAAACAUCGAACUGUGUACGCUGUUCGCAAUGGCAAAGAUAGGAGUGUUGUUGGAGAUGGCAUUUACCAUCUCAGUGCGAUGCAAACGGUUUGA